AUUUGGACGUGCACGUACCUGUCCUCCUAACCGUAGUUGGACGCUUUACAGGACGAUGGAGUGGAGGCGGGGGGGCCUCCACAUGGGACCAGGGGCACGAUGGGUUGGUUAUUCUUGUUCUCCCUUACCGCAGUGGAACCUCUCGUCGCCCCUCCAGAUGCAAUUCCACAGGCACUCCGUCCUGGUUGCGAUAAAUAUGUCCAUGCUCUGAUUCAUCCUGCUGCACGCAGGAGGAGAAACGUGCGCAGCGGUCACGGUCCCCCCGAGAAUACCGAGAAUACAGGACAUCAAGAAUGGAACGGAAUGAGAACCCGCUAGUAGUGGUGCCAAAAAGAACUUCUCCCGUCCCCCACCCAAUAAAAGCCCGCUUACUCUUAUCAGGAGAUAAGCGUGAUUCGAAUCCCCGUGGUGGUUAUCUGAGGGCGGCACAAAGGAAAGGAAAGGGAAAAAAAGACCGCCCUGAUUAAAGAUUAAAGAUCCACCGUCUCUGAUACUCAAGCUUCGCG